AUAUUCAAUUUAUUUUAACAUUUGGAUGGAAAAAAUUUCUUUUGAGUCCCUCACCAAAGCCCCUUCUUAUCCUCUCUUCACAACACACACACAAUACACAAUUCAUCUCAAAGGGCAAAAAAUAUCUCUUUGUUUUUUCUCUCUCAACCCUAGAAGUUUUUUUUGUCAUCAUGAAAGGAGGUAAAUCCAAGGGGAAAGCUGAUAACAAGCUGGGAGUGAAGAAGAGUGCUGCCCAGACUAAAAAAGAGAAGAAUGCUGCCAAGGAUCCAAACAAGCCUAAGAGGCCAGCAAGUGCUUUCUUCGUUUUCAUGGAGGACUUCAGGAAGCAGUACAAGGAAAAGCAUCCAGGCAACAAAUCUGUUGCUGCUGUUGGCAAAGCUGGUGGUGACAAGUGGAAACACUUGACUGAUGCUGAGAAGGCUCCUUACAUUGCCAAGGCUGAGAAACGAAAGGCUGAAUAUGAGAAGCUAAUGGACGCAUACAACAGAAAACAGGCUGGUGAGGCUGAGGAAGAUGAGGAAUCUGACAAGUCAAAGUCUGAGGUUGAUGAGGAAGAUGGAAGCGACGAGGAAGAAGAGGAUGAUGACUGAAGUGCUUAAUGGGAGGGAGUAAAUUGGUGGGGAAUCUGUGUAAUACCUUAGAUAUUUCUCUAUAUGAUGACUCCUUACUUUUCCCCGUUAAAUACUUGCUCUUUUUUUUAGUUUAUUUUGGGGUUUCUUAGGUAUGGGAAAAAGAUGAAUUAGAUGAGAGCUAUCUUUAAAGCUCAGUGGCUUAUGUACUUUUUAUUCUGAUGCUGGUGUUGCUUAAUGAUAAUGCAACUUUUUAGGCAAUCUGUCUUUCUUUUUCUA